AUGUCAUUACUCAAGACUGUGAAGAACCUAGGUCAAACACCUACUGAAAUUAAGAUCAAGGAUGCGACAAACGAUGAUGAAAACAGCGGAGCCACAGGCUCCUUGAUGAAUGAGCUUUCGGUGUUAACUUUCAGUCCUAGAACGCUGCGAGAAAUCACUCAAGUUAUCAAAAAACGACUAAGCGGGAACUACCGUAAAAGUUCACACACCAACGCAGUGCACAUUCUCAAGACACUGACGCUAGUUUCAUAUCUGCUCAAUAACGGAUCCAAUGACUUUGUUGCUUGGGUACGAUCGUACUCAUAUCUGAUAGACACGCUGCGGGAAUUCAGCGUGAACAGUCGGGGUAGGGAAACAAUGGCUGCACAGAUUCGAAAUUUGGCAAGCUCUCUGUCAGAGCUCUUGCGUGAUGACGAGCUGUUGAAGCAGCAUCGCAGUGAUGUGACACUUUUUCGGUCGAGCAUAUCGACUCCGGGAAGGAAGUCCACAGACAACAGUCACCUACGGGUAUCACCCGGGAACAGCGGAAGCGCAGGAGUAGUGCCAAGAGCGGGUGGUGGUGGUCGGACGCGCAGCCUCGAUUUAAAUCAACCGCCGGUCUCAAGCCCUCUCAAAAAUGCAAUUGAAUCGAUAAACCCGUCAAAAGCUGUCCUGGGGCCGCUUCGCGAGGAGGAUUCGCUAUACAAGGAAAAUCCGGCCACCUCCAGCUACGACAUGUGUAAGUGGGACGAUGAAACCGUCGCCUACAGGAGAAACGGGGUCACGCGAAGAAGCUCCAACCGUGUAAUUACCUAA